AUGAGUGGUAAAGAAAAACCGGGAGUGACUCGACGACUCAAUCGAGGAAGAAGUGCGCCGGACACCAAAUGUAAAACUGAUUCAGGGUGCUUUGUGGAUGAGGAACUUGAACGAAAUGGUAGUGCUAGCAGUGACAGCUCCCAGGGAUCAAUAAAUUCAUCGCCUGUAACAGAAUUAGAUUCUCAGAGGACCAAAGUGAUAAAUAAGAAAGGAAAAGAUAAUAUCACGGCAUCUGUAGCUUCAUCUUCUGAGCCAGCAGUGGAAAAUGAGGCAAAUAGAACUUCUGUUUUUAUGCAAAAUGUCAUGAGUAAGGAAGCAGCAGUUAAUGAUCAAACUGAAUGUGCACACACACAUGAUGAAGACAGAGGUCACAAUGUUGUGGAGAAAACAAGGCGCGCUAGCGACUUUUAUUGUUUAUAUUAUAGUGCAUCACCAGAGAGUACCUUGACAAGAUGCGGUGUUAAUAAGGUCAGGAGUAAACCUCCAGUGCCACCCAAACCCAAGCUUAGGAGAGGCAGUGCUCCUCCAUCAAGUUUCGAGAAAAUUGAGAGAAUUCAACAACAAAAUAAAGACAUCACUAAACGGUUCUCUUAUAAUGAAUGUCAAAAUGCCAGUGUAAGACCUGAAUGUACUGAAGUUGAUAAUUUUCCUGACUGUGACAAAUGGAAGUCUGUUGAAGAACAUGUUCUGUUCUUUGAAGCCUGUGGCAAAGAUGGCUUGACUGAAAGAAAUGAUUUGUUGAAAAAUGUACAAGCAAAGAGCCUCAAGAAUUCAUCUGAAGAGUCUUGUGUUGGAAACACAGAGGUCAAUGUAGAAAUUCUUAAUGGUUUUCACUGUUUUGAUGAUGAUCAGAGUAGCACAGAAGAUGUUGCUCCUAUUGUAGACACUGAGAGGUUUUCAUUUGAAAAAAAUAAUGUCUGCGAGUCUGUUAUUUUUAAUCGUGAUGCGCAAGAACAGAUUCCUCCACUGGUUGAAGAGGAGGAAUUUACUGUUGAUGGAAGUAUCCUUUCACAAUCCUCAAUAAACUCUGAACCUUUAAAUAGCAAUUGUCACCACAGUAAGAUAGAAAGAGACUGUCUGGACUCUGUGAGUGAAAUUGAUGAAGUUGAUUAUGCUAAUCAUGUUGUUGUGGAUGACAAUCAAGAGGGAGUGAGCAGUUCCUUUGAUGAAACUAGGAGACAAUACUCUGAUCCACUGGGGCCGUCUGAAACUGGUGUUUAUACAAAUGGUACUGUUAGUAAUAUUCACAAUGGAUUUGAAUUUGUUGAUGCAUCUGAAGCAAGAGGCAGUCACUUACCAGAUCACUCAAAAACACAUUGUAGGGACAUGCAUCAACUUAGUUGUAGGAGUAGGACAGUGCCUUCUCUUGAAACCACCAGUGGAAUAGAUUUUAACGAAAUUCUUGUGAAUCCGAGGCUGAGUGAAAUCAAACAAUUAUCUUUGCCUGGUUUUAGACAGCAGGAUAGAAAUAUUAGGCAAAGACGCCCAGGGUCAAUUGCUGGUAUUCCAAACUUGGAAAGAGAUUUGAGUUCUGAGAUGAAAAGAAGAUCUUGGUCGUUUAGUGAGACACACCCUUUAGCAGUAAACUCUUCUUUGGAGUACAAUGUUCACCAGGCUCACACACCCAGAUUAAGAACAACCUGGCAAUCGGAGAAUGGUCUCUCAUCCCCUUCUGGCAGCUUGUUUCACCAAAAAAGACCUAUGCAAAGCUCUAUAAACACCAUAAAUGUCUCUCAAGAAAAGAUGGGUUGGAGUUCCCCCAAAAGAACUGGGCAGUCACACUUUGAUCAAUCUGGUUACACAUCUGAUGACAGCAGUGUACAUUCAGAACCACUUUUCCAGCCACUGCGACGAAGACCUCAAAGUCUGGCUCAUGGUCUUAUUUUUAAAAGUAUGUCUUGUGAUUCAAGCAUUUCUGAUAUGGACAAAAGAAGGUCCUCUUUUCCUGAGAGCCAACAAAAGAGAUUUCGUCAUUCACUAGGCAGCAGGGACCCUGUAUUUGCUCUAAGGAGACAAUCAUUUGAAUUUUCAGAGGAUCCACCCCCAUUUCAACAAAUCCGGGCACCACGCCUUCAAAACCUUAGGCGUACCUCAUCAAAUGCUAGCUCCUCAAGUGACUCUGAAGUGGAAAGGAUCUUUAAUGAACCUUCAGCUCUUAGGCAUUGUCGCUCUACCAAAACUAGCGUCCGCAAUGGUUUUGCAAGUUCCAAACCUAUCCGCAAAGUAAGUGCAGUGGAGGCCCUCUUUGGCCCUCGGUCCACUAGUCCACUAGUUAAGAAUGUCACACCGAGCUCUGAUUUGGAGGAAAUGGGACCAAAAACUAUUGUUGAUAAGUAUUCUGUAAAUUCAUCACUCCCCUUGGCAGAGAAUUUUCUCCCUGAAGAACUUGAAGAAGAAAUAGCAGCAAUCACUGAUCCAAAAGAGAUUGAAGAACCAAGGCUGGAGUUUGAUGAUACUGAUUACAGUGAGUUCUACACCAGGUGUGAAGACAAAGAUAGCAUAAUUUCAGCUGAAGCACUGAGUAUUAAAAAACUUCUGGAAUCCCCGCAGACAGUUCUUCCAGACCCUGAUAUUGAGUCUGUGGUGUUAUCUGUAACAGAAAAAAAGACGUUUUCACCAUCCUCAGAUGAUAAACACAACCGUGGGUGUCAAGAGGAAUUGAACGACAGUGACAUGGAUGAUGAUGAGCAGGCGAUCUCUGAAGAUAAAAACUCUUCUAGACAGUUUUACAGAUGGCACAGAGGGACUCAAACGCCACCGGCUGAUGUUUUCAGAGCUUUAUCACCAUCACCUUCAGUGGGAACUCAAACUCCACCUCUCUCUGUUUCCCAAGAACUGCUUCCACCAUCACUCUUGAAAGAGUUACAGAAAGAUUUGCAAUCCUCAGUACCCUCAAAAGGUAGUAAAACAGUUUCUCCCACAUCGUCUCAAGAAGUUGUUGAUCAGUUGUCAUUGCUGGGGAAUGUUCAAGCAGCUCCUUAUACUGCUGUGGCUUUUGCUGAUACAGACAGGACAUCUUGUCAUGAGAAUGACAAAGCUGUCUCAGUUGAAGAGCUUUUACAGAUCCUUGCCACCAUGAAAGUUGGUUCAACUGAAGAAGUGCCAAAACGAAGACCAGUAUCUGUACAGAGAUAUAACCAUUCUCCCACACCCCCACUUAAUGCAAAAGGCAGACCCAACACCAAUAGUCUACCAAGUAGUUGGCAUCAUCUUAACAGCCCAGUGCAAAGACAGAAUGGAAGUCAAGAUUUGAAGCGACCUAGAGCUGUCCCACCAAGAUCUUCUAAGAGUUUUGAUUGCUUGAGGCAAGGAGUCCAUAGCAAAGACAAGACAAAUGGUGUGACACAAGCAGAAGCUGUUAGAGGAAGUACAAGUAAUGAAGACAUACGUAAAAAGCUCAAGGAGUGGACCUCUACUCGCAAGUCGCAGCUCUUUGAAGAAGAAGUUGAGUGCUUGGAAGAAAAGCAUAAACCAACAAAAGCUAACGAGGAGAAAACUCUGAAAGUUUCAUAUGAUGGAAGUGAAGCAACAGAUAACAUUGAAACACUUAGCAGGCUAACAAAAACUCACAGCCUGAAAAGACCUCGCAGAGACAGAGCCUUUUCUCAGAGAGAAAAGAAUGGGCUUGAAGUCAACAGCCUUGAUGAAAAACGGCGUUUCUCACUCCCUACACCCAAAGCAAAGCCUUGUGAUGAAGAAAGCAAAGGUGAUGUCAAAACUGAGGAGCCCAUCACUAGUUCUACAACAGAAGAUAGCAAGUUUAAAGACGUGUUAUUUGACUCUCUAGAUGCAGAGGAAAUUGUAACUGAGGGACAGCUGCAAGAGAUAGCUAGCCCUGAAGGUGUUGAUGUAUUUAUUGACUAUAGAAAAAAGAAUGGGUUGCACAUUACCAGUACUCCAAAACCCCCACCCUACCCUGGCGAUAGUUUAGUUUGUAGGGAGGAUGGGGUGGGUAAAAACAAUAUAAAUAAUACAGACAUGCCUCGCAAUGAGAAGCCAGCCAGUGUUAAAGGUACAGAAGAUAUUCCUACUGAUGUAGAGUCCCAAGGAGAUGCAUCAUCAUCAUCAUACUCUUCUGAUGACGAUCACUUUGGAGAAUUUGGCGGUAGCACAGACACAGUUGUUUUUGUUGACACAGAAGCCAGCACUGGUAUUUCACUGGUUUCUGAUCUCGAUACAAUGGACCUGAAACUUGUAGGAAAUGACAAUUUGUUAUCAGUUGAUAAUAAUGAUAAUGAUGAUGAACAGGAUGAGGCUAGUCUUGAUGCGUUAUUGGGAGAAGUACGCAGAUCACUUAAUUUGGAAGUUGUGGACUCUGACAUCUUGGAUAAAGCAAUUGAAAGGUUCAAGCAGAGGGUGUCUCCAAGCUCUCAAGAUAAGGUAAAUAAAAUCAUUUUUAUUUCUUGAAGGUAUGCCUGGAAAAAGCUGCAAGUGACUUCUGACCAGCUGUCAGGCUGUUUUUGUUUUUGAAGCAAAGAAGGAAUUAAACGUUAAAUCAAGAGUCAUUUGUAGGGUCUUUUCUGUGUGUUCCUUCAUUUGAAAAUGGCCCAGUGCAGCUCUUCUCUUUUAUCCAUUCCAUACAGUCUAAGUUCCACUGUACACUUGUGCGUGUAUUUGUUGUAUGUAAAAUCUGUUUGCAGGUUAACAAGGUUACAGUCUAUUCUCAGGUUUAAAGCAGAAUUUCCAUGAUUAUUAGGGCUAGGAAACAAAGGCAAAUCUAAAUCAAACUACGUUGAAAUACUGGCUUAACAUGAGAGCAGAUCUUACAUACAAUAUAUUCACUAGAUUCUCAACUGUGCAAAAUUUUACACUUAAACCACCCUUGAACUCUUUGGCCAAAACAUGAACAGGGCAAUAUUGUAACAUGAUCUGUUGAAAGCAUGAUUUUCCUCAAUUCAUAUUAAUUACUUGUCAAUCAGCCAUGAGUCUGUGUCAAUAUGGGAAGAACCAUUUGGGGAAUGCUGGAGGAAGGAUUAGUUCAAGGCCUUUUCUACUAUCAUUUUUGACAAUAUCUGGUCCGAAAAUCACUAGCUUCUUUUUAGCACAGUGUUGAUUUCUCUCUACCUAUAUAUUCAGGUAUGGUAAUGAAAUAAUUUUGUGAUAACUUUCAUAGGAUAAUUGAGGUAACAUUCAGAAAAUUCCGGUUGUCUUUUUGGAGAUCAGAAUUAACACAUGUACGUGGAUGUGAAAUGGACUAAAAACAUCCUUGUACAAUCUUUUGGAGUUAUGCUCCUUUUGCCUCUCAAACAUCAUUCUCGGUAAACAGAAUGUACUGAGUUGAACCUUUUUUAAAUUAAUGUUUGAUCAAAAACAUAAAGUGGUAACAUUUUGAAAUGGAGCCUUAAUUAUUUGAGUCUACGGGUGAAUUUAUCUUGAAUUGUGAUCCUUCAAAUGCAUGUAUGUACCAUCAUGUUAAGCAGAACUAACCUUGUCAAGAAGGAAAAUUCUGUGUACCUUUGGUAUUAGAAUUAACUAUUGGUUAUGUUGUGAAAUUAAUACUUUUGCUUUACGUAAAUGUGUGGUACCAAGUCAAGCUAAUUUUUGCUUCUAAUGAAGUAGUUGAACUUUUAAGCAAUUGACAGUAAGUCUAAGGAAUCUCCUUAUUGAUUCAGUAUAUAAUAACACAUUGAAUAUUUAUCCAUAAUGUAUUAAAAUAGUGAUAUUUUUUUAGCACAAUAAUUGAAUAGGUGGUAAAAUAUUGUAAAAUCCAAGAAUCUUUGGUUAAAACUCUGAGACUGCAGCGAGCAGACUCCAAGAGGUAAAGGAACACAGCAAAAAGAGGCUUUAAGACUCAUCUUGAACAAUAUUUAGAGAUUAAGGUUAAGCUUUUGUCACUCCUAAAUAAAUGGAAAUGAUUUAAGCUGGCCUCUUAUUUAAUCAAAGAGCAAAUUUCCCCUCCUUGUGUUUGUGUGUUUCGUACCAAGGAAAUGUAGAAGGAAAAGUUCUUGAAAAUAGUAAAGGGAAUUCUGGUGAAGUUAUCAUAAGUCUUUUGUGCAAGCAAUUUUCUUGAAUUCCAGGGUGAACGACAAUGUCUGAAAUUGUUUGAUGUGACCAUUCAAAUGUUGUUUUUUUCAAAUGGAAUUACUUUUUUCUGUGACAUGAUAUAAUUUGGAUUUUCUGUCUAAUUUUGAGUUUGGCCUCUUCUGGGUGUGAAAGAAUAAAUUCAUGUGCGUUUAUGAUCUAGGAGACCCUUUCAGGAGGCUUACUCCUAAUGUGUAUACAUGUACAUGUGCAUUUAAAAUUUAAGCCUGUAUACUAUUGAUGUGCCUUGUCAUCAUCUGGAAGCUAGCAAAACUUUUGGCUGAAAGAUGGCAUCUUCUUUAGUGCUGUUUAUUAUUAUGAAGGCUAUUAUUGUGUAUGAAUGCUAUUUUAUUUUAAAUAUAGUGGUAUUAUUAGUGGGUUUUAGGCAUGGGUAAAAAGAUUAGUUCCAUGAAGCAUAUGUAUAAAUAACACUUUUUAAUCCCUUUUUUCAUUUGUUACAUUUUGUGAAAUUUUUUCAAGACUGGUAUACUUUACUCACUGACAAGGGUUUGAUUUUCACCUGUAGAAUUUUGGUGUAAUUACACACAUUGCAACAUGAUCAUAAUAUUAUUUUGCCUGGUUUGUUUUUGUUUGUUCUCCGUGAUAACAAAAGAGCUUCUAGAAAGCAUUAAAUUUUAAUCAUCCCUGCUGAAAUUUUAUCAGUUGUUGUCCUGAUGUUUUCUUAGUAAUUUAAUUUGGUAGAUAAUUACAGGCCAUGGCAUGUUUUUGUUCCUUCUUGUAGGCUCUUUCUGGGGGACUAAGUAUGGAAGCCUGUGUAGCUUUGCAUCAAGCUGAUGAACUGCAGGGAAUAAUCAGUGAAAUUAAGGUUAGUGGGUUUUAUUUACAUGUAUCUUACGGCUGUAAAUAAACCCUGUUUUGGGUGCAAGAGGUCUUAAAUAUAAACUAUUCUGUAUAUAGAUGCCGCUAACAAAAACUGUGUAAAGCUUUUCUUAAGCUGAACAUUUUUUACAACUGCUCAAAUUCUACUUGGAAAUAAAUACAAUCAAAUCUCAUUUCACAUGUAAUUCUGACAGUAAAAGUCUUAUCAAUAUGUUGUUUUUAAGGAGGGAGGUAAUAAAGUUAAGUCAUAAACUCAACAUCUUGUCAUAUCCUUGACAGUCUUGUUUUCUUGUCCCAUCUUCUUGUACCUUUUUAAAUACUUAAAGCUAGGAUGUGUCCUCCAUGGCUACCCAAGACUUUACAAUAAAUCAUCACCAAGUUUGUCUGAAUUUGAUGAAGUUUCCAUGUUGUGAUAACUUUUGAAGCAGAGGGAAGGUAUUGUUCCCAUAUUGCAUGCAGUGGCUGCAUGAUAAUAUUGUAUCAAAAUUUUUCUCUUAAUCUUUAAGGAGAUUAACAUUAAUCCAGAUGAUUGAAAAAGCCACAGGUCUCCCAUCACAGAAAGUAACCGAGAUUAGGUUAUUUACCUAAUAGCAUUGUUACAUCAAUUUUGUGGAGCAGAUAUUAAAAUUAUCAAACUAUGGCACUCUAUAAUUACAGACUGUAGGCUAAGAUGUUUAGUUUUCCUUUUGUUCGCAAGGUUUGAACCGUUUAAUUAAACAACAGAGUCUAAACACUGUUGAUUAGUUUUACAAAAUUGUAUAGGCCUCUAUAAACUGACAUCUGAGCCUAAGAUCCACUGCCUGUAAGACUAUCACUCUUAUUAAAACAGUAUUACAAAUACUAGAAUUUCACAUUUUCUCAAGUUUUUUUUGCAAAUGGACCAGUAACAUUCAUGAAUUUGAGGACUGUUUCCUGAGAGGUCAUGUAGGUUCAAACCGUUUUAAAGUUUUCAAUGGUUGCAUUGUUGAACCUUAAAUUUUAUUGGUCCGUUUCCAAAAACAACAUGAGAAUCUUUUGUUUCCAAAAAAUGUUGUGAUUCGAUAAUCUUCUCCCAAGUGCCCUGGUUCGAGUAGUCGCACUGUAAGUAGACUUGCAUAAAAGGUAGAGGGAACACUGAUACAAAGAUGAAUUUUGGUAACCAAAAUUUCAAAUUAAGCCGCAACAUAGGCAAAUUCAUUACCUUUAUCCUUCUGCUAUUUUGCCAAGUAAUGGCUUGUCAAGUGGAAAGUCUUACAUACACCCACUGCGCCAAUCCUGAAGUAGCCUGCAAAUACAGCUUUCUCUCCUCGUUUCUUGCUGAAGGAGGUGCAGACAUCUCUCAUGCAAAACUUUCCUAGCGGUGAGGAGCGAGGGGAGACGUGGCUAUAUUUGCAGUCUUGCUUCCAAGGGCAUACCCCUGCAUUUGAUGAUGAUGUCAAGUUAGAAGGAGAUUUGAUAGGUCUCCUUUGACUUCCAUGUAGGAGUGGUGAAUUAAUGAAAAGAGUUGAUGUGUCUUUCUAGGGAGAGCUUAAACUACUCCAUGAGGAGAAUGACAUGCUACGUGAACAAGUUUGUACUUUGGCCAAUCAUCAAACAAACGGAGAAGUGUCAGAGAACAGUAGCACUGAAUCUUCAGAGAGACUUGAAAGUCUUUACAAACUCUAUAGGCCCAAACAUGGUGAGUCUUGGAAAAAAAAAUUUUUUUACAGGACAUUGCAUGUUACUUGGUAGAUAAUGCAAAUAAAUUGCAAAUACAGGUGUUUAUUGGUUUUAGAAAAAAAGUUUAUUUUUUGUUCUGCAUUAGUUGGAAGUAUUUACCAUGAUAACACUGUAAGCUCUGAUAAGAAUCUUGAGACACUUUUCAACAUUUAUCCCCAUCGAUUCCCACUUACCUUUAGGAUGUCGUUUGAGCCAUAUGUAUGUAAGUGUGAAAUAAGAAAUAAAAGUUGAACUGGGGAGCAGGGUGUGAUUGUAAAUUGGUGAUUGUACAUCUAUCUACAAGGCUGUCAGUAAGAUUUCAAGUCGCUGGGUAUAUAUAAUUAGUAGGCAGAGAAUUGAACAGAGCUAGAAAGUUCUUUUGGUUUUAUUUUCCUUUUGUUUUGUAUGAAAGUAGGCAGGGAUUAUACUUGUUGUAGCCAUGGUGAAUUCUCCAGUCCCUGGCCCUCUGCCCUUAGUGACAGCCCUGAUCUACUGUAUUUUUGUCUAUUUUUCACAAACAUACAUUGCACUUAAACACUAUUUUUGAAAAAUGCAGAAGAUGUUCCAUUUUCAACCGCCUGUCAAUCUGCUAGUUAAUUUGAUGAGGGUUUUUUAGUUUCAGUUAAUUCAGAUGAUGAUGAGGGGGAUGCAGUUCAGGUUGAUGUUUGUCUACGAGGAUUUUCCAGUGUAAUGCUUGGUCGUCUUCCAUCAAAAGUAAAUUUUUGCAGCUGUUUUAGCCUUUAAGCAUUCCAUAUGGUGCUUAUACUGAAAUAGACUCUUGACUAAAUAUGAUAACUUGUGCCAUAAAUGACAAAAAUAGGUUUUUCACCAUUUUUCUUAUGAAGGCCAUUACAAGGCAUCUCCAAAAGUACAUUAACUUCAAUAUCUGUCUUGCAUUGUCGUAAGUGGCAAUAUGCCACUUGCACGGCUCCCAUAAUGCAUCUUAUUUGCCCCCCAAAAUUUUGCAUAACCUUUGUUUUUCAUUUCUCCUGGGUAUUACAGCCGCUUGUGCAAAAUUUUGGGGGGCAAAUAAGGUGCAUUACGGGAGGUGUGCAAGUGGUGUAUUUUAAAACUCAUAAAGCAUAGCAUCCUAUUGAUCCUUUGUCCUAAGAGUGACCAAAAUCAGUUUUCUCCCAACAGCAUUGGUACAACAUCAAGAGAAAAGGUUAUGAGAGUAACCAAACAGAAAAAAAAGUGCUCUUAUCUUUUAUUUAAUCCUCUCAACUAAGUUUGUAGGGAAAUGUAUGGCAAAUAAUGUGGAGAAUUGUAUGUGGAUAUUGAGGCUUAAGGUGUUUACUGGUCACCGUUUUUUACAGUGGGUGGUUACCUGAGUCCCAGUCGAUAAAAUUCUCAGAAACUCACUAAGCCUGUACCAGGUGUUCAGAUUGUGGGGACAGCAUAAAAAGAUGUGGACAGGAAAAAAAACAGUGAGGGGUUUUUCCUGCAUGCCAAAUUCGUGUCACUUUUCUCCUUCUGAAUGCAGCCAGAAACUGAGUGAACACCUCUAUCGAGCAGCCAACCUUCUUGAAGUGACCACUUGUCACUACAAGGGUAAAAACGUAUGAGAGAUAUAGAGGAUAUUACAUGGCCGCUUAGAGAUACGAAAUUUCUCUUCGAGUGUUGAAAAAUAUUUGAAGAGUGAGCGCAGCAAAUGAGUGAAAUAUUUUUCAACACUUGAAGAGAAAUUUUGUAUCUUCAAGUGGCCAUGUAAUGUUUUAUUUAUUAUAUAAACACCAAUGAAAUACCAAACCAUUUCACUACAGUGAUCUUUUCAGAUAACGUGUUAUUGUCACAUGUGAAGAUAUCAUGUUUUCUUGCGAAAGCUCACCUGGUAUUGCAUUUGUGUUUAUAUAAUAACUAACCGUAUUCAAUCUAACAUUGUUUUUGCAGAAAGAAGACAUCCACUUGGGAACAGUUACUGUAAAGGGAGCAGACUGGAAUGGAGUCAUGGAAGCUGCAAGAAGAAUUUUUGUGGUAAGGAAAAGAACCUCAACCAGAAUACAGUGGAACAUGGCUUAUGACUACAAUGUUUCCAUGACAACAUAGUUAUUACCAUUAAAUGUCUGUGACCACUUCAUUGAAGGGGGUGUGUCGUGGCUGUCCAGUUCAAUUUGUUAAUAUUUCAAAUAACGCAUCCUUGUUUAUGAUUCCCAGCAUUAUUAGACCGCAUGACGGUCGGUUCUUUUCUAAAAACUGGUUUAAUGAGCUUAAGUCUCCAGUCUCGCUUGCUCUCUUCAUUUCAGUCUCGCUCAAGACCUUUUGUUUGACUGCUCGCACGUACUUGAAUACGCAAAAAUAUGGAUUGUUUUGCAGUCUACAGGAUUAAAAUCAAACGUUACAAACAACAAAAAUGACUUUUAGGCUAGGUUUUCAAAAACCCACAAUUGUAGUCUGUUUUAAUCUUCUUCAUGUUUGUUCAUCCGUGCCUUUUUGCAAGAAAGCAAACUGAUUUUGCUUUUAUAAACUCUUUCCUUCAGGAUCAUGUCAAUAAAAUUGACCCAGAUGGCUACCUCUGUCUUGGAGCUCACAGCAUUCAAGGGGUUCAAACAGGAGUGAUGUUGUGGAGUCCAGGUCUGAAUAUUUGAAUAUUUGGCAUACCCCAUGCUGUCCUUUUCUAUUGGGUAUUUUUGAAAUAAAAGGAAUUAAAACACAAACCAAAAUAUUAUUCAACCACUUAAAUGCAUAUGUCAGGCUACAACAAACCUGCACAACGUUUCAUGUCCUGAAAGUUUUUCAAUUAUGCACAUUUUUUUUUUAUCUCACGUCAACUUAAAUUAACACCUUUCUUGUUGGGACAGUACACAUGACACUUUCUGGCUAAAAGGGAAAAGAAAUUGAAAACCUAGACGGAAUAAGUGUUAGAAAUCCAUUCCUUCAAUUAUUCUGGUCCCUAGGUUUACAAUACUAUGUAGAAGAAGUGGUAUGGCUACAACAAAAUCUGCUUUGAAAUGUGAACUUUUUCAAUAAAAAGAAAUUUACUGUUAUUAUUUUUUUUUGCCAGAUUCCUUAAGAGAAAGUUCUCCUCGAGUAGAACUUUCGAAAAAGAGUAAUCCGUGUAUUAUUCAACUCAAGGGUAAGUAUAAUAGCAUUGUUUUAUCAGCUUCGCCAGAUAUGGCGGGGAUAUCACAAGAGCUUGUGCCAAUCACUCUGGACCCCAAACAGUCCCUUUCUUAAACACCCCAUCAGAAGAUAGACUGCACCAUGGGUAUCCCCAACUUUUUCAGAUAUGGCAGGAACAUGACAUCAGCUUGGGGACAUCACAAUAGCUUGUGCCAAUCACUCUGGUCCCCAAACAGUCCUUUCCUUUAUAAACACCCUAUGAGAAGAUAGACCACACCCUGGGGAUAUAUGUCCUUCAACAGUUGUGUGGGUUCUUUGACUUUUAUUUCCUCUUCCAACUGAAGAGGAGGGACUCAAGACAAUUGGGCUAGUUGACAUAGAUAGAAGUGGGACGGUAAUAUUAAGUAUUACCAAUUUGGAUUAAGGUUUCCAAUUAUUUUUUAUCCUUUCAAAAUAUAAAUCCACCUUAAAAAAUAAAAGUGAAGAAACCGUUUCCUUAGCUGCAUUUAGGAAAUGGUUUUGAUAUUAAAAUUAAGUUUUUAAUUUGCUGCUUUAAGUAUUGUGCAACCCCAACGUACACUAAUAUUUUUUGUGGCAUGCAAAAGAAAGUAUUUUAGUUUUUCUCUAUUACUACUUGUUUUCAAUCUUUUUGCAAUGACACAAUUCUAUUUUUUAACUGUUUUUGUAGAUGGAAGCCAUUUCUCUUGUGAUUCUCUCGUUUAUGAUACUUUGCUACCGAAGGAAACUAUGGAGGUAACAGUUUUCUGCAUUUUAAGGAAUUGUAUGUCUCCACGCCGCUGUGUAUUGAAUAUGUUUGUUAUAUAAACUCUUUCAAAGUCAUAUUCAAAAAGUAUGUCCAAAUUUGGUGUUAAAAAAAACUAAAAUAUGUAUCAUGUUUAAGUACUUUUCUAGAUGUUUUUGUUUUAAUCGUCACACGAGAGGAUUUCUUUUACAGAUGCAAAGGUUGGAAUCACAAACUAUAGAAAAUAAAUAGUACCAUGUGAAAGCAAUGCUGAAGAGGUUUUGCGUCAGUCAAACUAUGUAAUUUUGUGUCUAGGAACUUAAAUCUUGCAUUUUAAGGAUUUUUGCCCUAUACGUGGUUGUUCCGAGAGAACACUUCUAAUUGAUUGAAAUACCGUGCCAUUUCUCCACUCCUAACAGAAAUAUGUUGAGGAUUUGUUGGAACACAGGCAUAUUGUACUGUGUGGACAGCAAAGCUUAGGCAAGUCUUACUUGGCAGCUAAGUUAGCGGAACACAUUGUCCAACGGUAAGAAAUGUUUUUUAAUAAACAUCCUGUAACAGCGCUUGUAAAAUACUUGAAUCCCAGUGUUUCCUUUGGUGCGAGCCGUUCUCACAUUUUGCUGUUGCCCCGGGUCAUUGCUUGCUUGUUUUAGUAAAUGAUUUAGUUAGAAGUGGGCUUAAAAGGUUUGGUUGUCCAGUAGUAAAACCUAAUUGUCGCGACGAGACGACAUCAUCGUUCUGUAGUGCCCUGCAUAAAUUCUAGCCUGCGUAGCAGGUGCUAGGAAAUAUAUGGGCGCAAGAAAACACGCGCGCCCUCGCGCGCCUGUCUUUCUUACGCACGUUAACCUCCUAGCGCCUGUCUCCCUCGCGCACGCCCGUUCUUUCUUGCGCCCGUUAACUUCCUAGCGCCUGUCUCCCUCGCGCACGCCCGUUCUUUCUUGCGCCCGUUAACUUCCUAGCGCCUGUCUCCCUCGCGCACGCCCGUUCUUUCUUGCGCCCGUUAACUUCCUAGCGCCUGUCUCCCUCGCGCGCGCCCGUUCUUUCUUGCACCCAUUUACGUCUUAGCGCCUGCUACGCAGGCUACUAAAAUUCUGAUCAGUUUAACAUUUUAAAAUGGUUGUUGAGUUUGUUAGCAACUGAAGUUAUGUCAUAACAAAACGGACGACGCUGUUUUGAGUUUAAUAGUUGGUUGCUGAUUUAUUUAAGGAAGUAAUAAGAGUUAACAAAACAUUUUUGCUGUCUUUUCUCUUCCUUUCUGUCCUCUGUUAGAUUUUUAUAAGUUCAUUUGAAAAUCUAUCAAAUAUUAAUAUUCACCCUUAUUUUUUUACCUCAGUGUUGGAUGGAAGUGCUCUCCAGCAGUGGUCACUUUCAAUGUCUCUCAAUCAACUCGAAAGGUAAGCAAGCCAUAUGGAGUAACAAGUACCUGUUAACCUGUUGUAAGCCUGGUACUGGUACAAGUCGAAAUUCUUUGCGGACUUCUGGACGUUUCACAAGAAUAUUUCUUUAUCCAGUCUGAGGUGUAAGCAUCUCCGUUCAUUCUCGUGUUUCUAUUUUUAAAGGAGCUGAAACAAAGUCUUGCAUCUUUCAUGCAGAGCGACAUCUCAAGGUAUUUUCUAUUUGAUUUACUUGCUGAAGUCCAAUGGUACAGCUCAAAUUAUAAAUAGGAUACUGCAUUACUAGAACUACUUAUUAUAAUUUCGCCCUGAAAACUAAUGACAUGGCGUAAGAAAUGCAUUGUCGUUCACAAAGAGUGUACACGAACAGCAACAUUGGGGCUAUUCCCAGAAUGUAUCGUUUCCCUAGAAGCUUGACGUCGUGUUCGUAUGGCUGGUGUUUUCGUCAUGAUGUGACGCCCAUAACUUAUUUUUGUCCAAUUACUCAAUCUUUGACGUCUUAUUCCUUUCUAUAAUUCUAGCAAGUAGUGUGGUUAUUGUCCACAGUUUAUGCCAGGUAUGUGAUAUUACUUGUAGUUUUUAAUUUUGGUGCCCUGUUUAUACUUUUCUUCCUUAGUCCUCAAGAAGGCAGCCCUGCUGUGAUUGUUCUCGAACAGCUUAAUUGUUUAGCUACACUGGCGAGCAUCUUUAACCUCUCCAUUCUCGACAACAAAAACUGGUAGGUGAUCUAGACUUCUUGUAAUAAUUCAUAACCCUUCGAUUAACCACAGACGGAAGGGCUACAAUUUGAGCAAGCGGUCGCGAGAGUGGUAUAAGUGUUUUUAGCCGGCCUGCAAAUAACAGUCGGUCAUCGGACUGUGGCAUUAAUGCUUUCAAGUUUGUUCUGUUUGAUUUCAGUCCAUACAUUAUUGGAGUUCGGGACAAGAGCAGAAGAGGGCCUUUCUCUUCAAAAGAACUAAACUUAUGCCAUUACUUCAGGUAAGUCUGUUUCAGCCAGUUACCCACCCAGCUGUUCAUUUUAUUGGUAAGUCAGUCUGUAACUUACUCAGCCAUUUAAUUGACCAGCCAGUCAGCCAGUCGUGAUCUCUCAGUCAAUUAGCGAGCCAAUUACAUUAUCAGUCAGUUAGUCAAUUAGUCUUUCUUUAAAAUGACUAGACAACGACAUGUAUGCGUACCAGUAAUUGUGUUUUUGCCAUUGUAGGUGGUUACGUGUGUCUGUUAAUGACAGACAGUACUCUGGACUUCUGGGCCGAUUCUUGAGGCGCAAGUUAAGCUGGGCUCAAAUCCAAACUGAGUAAGUAGUCACGUAGCAGUACUGGUUUCCUUCCUCUAAGCUCCCUAGCGAACAAUAGUGAAUUAAAACCAAAGAAAUAAAUAGCACUAACAAAAAGGUUCUGCCAAAGAGGUUUCAUUUGAAUGGUAACACGAUAGAACUUCAUCCACAGAAUUACUUGGUGUAGGUAUGAAACGGUAAAAAUGUUUAAAGUGAACCUCAUCCCAUCCUCCCCCUCCCUCUCCUCCUCCCCUCCCCUCCCUCCUACUUCCCCUCUCUCCUCCCUCCCCUCUCUUUCUCCCUCCCCCCAAGAAACGUGUCUGAGUAGCGAAACUUCUUAGGAGUAGCUUCGUCUUAGCUUCGAGUCAGAGUGUCUCUUCCUCUGUAGAUUAUUCUGACACUAUGUGUUUAUCAGCGUUGAAGGUAGUGGUAAAGAUCUGCUGGACCUGUUUGAUUGGCUUUCAAAAGUGUGGUAUCAUCUUAAUGAAAUCCUGGAAGAAUAUUGCGAACCGGAUUCCACUAUUGGUGAGUAAUUUACACCAAAACGCGUCUUUAGUGGUAAACGUCUAUUUAGAAGGAUUUAGUUACAAUGAAGCUCACAUUCAGGCUAUAGGAAUAUCACUGGGAAAAAAGUCAAUACUCCUUUGGGCGCGAAAGGGAAAAAAAAUUCUGAAUUGUUCGUACGAUGGUGGUAGAAAUUCUUUGAAGGCUGGUAUCUUCGGCCCAGGUCAUACUGUAUGUCGAUAUUUUAGUGAUGAGCGCCUCGAGCAAGAGCUUUUUCACAUAAUUUUCUCCUUAAUAUUGUUUGCAAAAGUUUUCAGCCAAGUCUUCGAUUAUCGAAAGUUUUACGUAAAUUAAAGAACAUUGAGAGCACUCGUUCCUCUCUGCGUAGUAAAAGAUAGCUUUUGUUUCCACAGAUCGUUAGAAGGUCUUGGUCUGUUGAAAAGAAGAAAAAAGAGAAAAGGAGAAAAUGAAAUGAGAAAAAACCCAAAUUUAUCACUGGUCGUUAGGUCAAGGUGAUGUUUUUUAUCAAUUGGUUGUUUUUACUUCGUAGGUCCUUCGUUGUUCUUCUCAUGUCCAAUGGAUUAUAAAGCCGCUGAGGGCUGGUUCGUGAAUGUUUGGAACUAUAAUGUGAUUCCAUAUCUACAUCAGGCUCUAAGAAGUGGCAGAAAGGUACUGAAGAAAAUGCUCCUUUGUCUGCCAUCAGGCAUAGAUUAGAUAUGUUAAAGCUAAGAUGAGGGCCUGGUGGGUUUUACCCUUUGUCACCCUUCGCUUUUCGAGUUCGUACUGAACUGACGCAAAAAACAGGAGAAGUUUACCUCAGUUGUCUUCACUGUAUUAGGGAUGAACUGUUAAGAUAGGUUUUUCUAAACACCUGUCCGCGUAAGAGCUUGAAGUCGCGCGGUCGCGUGUUAUUAGUAGUGUCCUUAAUAAAGAUCAGAGAACGGUGACAGUGACGAAAAAGUGAAUUCGCCCUCUUUCAAUCUUCAUCGCGAUUAUUCCAAAUCACUCACUUUUUCAAAUGUUGGCGCACUCUCCUGAAGUUGAAUUAUCCUAAGAAUCAUAUCCAAGUUCAGAACAACCAAAAAGAAAGUUUCGCCGUCGCUUGUUUUACGUCCUCCAUAAAACGUGACAUUAGGCACUUUCACUUCGUAGUGAAGGCAAAGGAAAAAUGUACAAAAUAGCGUGAUGUACAUAUUGACCAAAGCAGAAAAUGCCAUAAUAUUUUUUUGGGUGGUGCUUCAUGUAACCUGACUUUUGGAUUGUGUUUUGUUCUUUGCAUGACCUGCUUGUGCAGUUCUGAUGAGUUGCAUCUGCAAAUCGUACAAAGACGAAAGAUAGUGCAGAAAUCGGUUUAACAUGAAGCACCGCCUAAACAGGAAUUUUACACUUUUACCUUCAACAGUAUUUAAAUUGAAAACUGACGCGUGUUCGCUAUGAUUAUUAUCAUUUCCCCAGUAAGUUCUGGGCAAUGAUUUACUGUUGCAAAGUUUACCAUGAAAUUAUUUUUCAACAGAUCUUUGAUCGAAGUAUCACUUGGGAGGACCCUACAAAAUGGGUGAUCCUAAGAUAUCCAUGGAAUAAGGACCACAGCAGGUUCCUUCACACGCUUCGCAAACUGCGCCAAGUCGAUGUGGUCCUUAAUAGGAACCACCUGGGCUCAGAUAAUGGUGAGAUGAUCCUGUUGUUUUUGUUUAAGGGCUUCGAGCAUUUUCAACUUAAGGAAUUCAUGGGUGAUUCUUACUCUGUGGGUAUUGACAAAAUUAAUUAGACGGUAAGACAAAGUAAUUUUACGCGUGAUUCAAUUACCCUGUUUCUAAACAUUGGUGGAUAAUGAGAACAGGAAUUUGGAACUGAACUGAAAACCCAGAACUGGUGUGCAUUCUUUGUACGCGACAGCUGAAAGUUUUGGAGAAAAGCUUUAGUGGAUAUAUCGAACUAAAAACUGUUUUUAUUUUUUAAUCAAAGAGGCGUUCAAGCGGGAAAUUUUUGUGAUUACUAAUCAACGAUUAGUAUGGAAGUCUGGCUGAAUUCACAUAUUUCUGGGAAAAAGGCAACGAAUGCAAUUUUAUGCGAGCUUCCCUCUUGUUAUAGGCGAAAAUUCCUAUUAUCACGACAAACCGAGGUCGUGAACUGGUUUGAGCACCUUUUAAAUUUAAACCCUCUUUACAGAUUUUCAGUAAUUGGUUUUCUGUUAAUUCUUCUCAGUUUGUUUAGCUGAGUGCAUCGAAGAGAAUGAGAAAAUUCUUCGUUCCCAUUCCACAGUGUCAAAAAGAGUUCGCACUGUUGUCCAGCAGAAAGUUCCAAAGGUAAAAGAAGAACAACGCUCGCAGCUUUCACGGCCAUCUUAGUCUUGCAUUGCAUUACAAUCACUGCUAAAAACUUCUAUACGCCACGGCACCUAUUAGCACUUAAAGCUGCUGUAAAAUUAAAUGCAGAAAUAUGAGCUUGAAUGGCUGGUCUUUCACCACAAUUGCGCUUUGCCGUAACUGCAGUAAAAUAAGGAAAUUAUUAUGAAAUUUGUUGUAAAUUAUCGUCGUUUCUUGUAGGGAGAGCUGACUACAAGGCGAAAUGCCGCUGAGCAGAAAAGACUGCUUGGAAACGAAGAAGACAAAGAUUCCUGUUACUCAGAAACAGACAGCUACCUGGAAACCAGCAUUUAACAGUUCGAAGGCGAAAGACAGUGAAAACUCUGUGACUUUCGAGGUUAUUUAAGAGCUGAGGCAAAAGCGCGGAAAAGUUUAUAUUGCCUCGUUUGUAAUGUGCAUGCCAUGUCAAAAGCGCGCGAAAGCAAUUAUAUGGCUCAGUCUCCUGUGCAUUUGACUCUGGUGCGAAAACAACUUAGCAGAGAAGCCAUUUAUGCACUGAUUAGAGCGUGCGAUAAGUUUAAAUUGCCUCAUUUGUAAAGUGCACGCUUUUUAAAAAGCGCGCGAAGCCACUUACAUGGUUGGGUCUGGUCGGCGCAUUUGACUAUGGGGCGAAAACAACUUAACAGUAGUGCCAUUUAUGCACUGAGAAGAGCUCGCGCCUAGUUCAAAAAGUUUGAAUUGCCUCAUUUGUAAAGUGCGCGCCAUUCAAGAAACGCGCUAAAGCGCUUACAUGGUUGGGUAUGUUGUGCAUUAACAUAAAAAUAUAUAUUAACAUAGAAAUAUCCAAAUACAGUUUACACAUUUUUUGACGUUUAGGCUUUGUUCACACUAUACAGAGCAGCUCUUCGUGCCCACACGUCAAGUUUGUCCUAUCCGAUAUGGUUUUCGUGCUGGCGUAAAAGCCAUCCUUUCUCGUGUGAACAUAGCCUUGAUAGCGUUUCGUGUUGGCGCGAAAAGCUACCCAGUAUAGUGUGACCACAGCCUUAGGGCCUGUUUACUUGGAGGUGGGGGACCCCAGUUAGGUGAGGUAACCCGCCUGUCCAUACAAUCUCAUUUUAACGUGAUCACGUUUACAUGUUAGGUGGGGUAACCCGCCACAUGUUACCUCACCUACCUGGGGUCCCCCACCUACAUGUUAACAGGCCCUUAGUUUCGAUGGGGCUACGUGCGCGGGCGUUGUAACUGAAAUAGCAGUGUUUUAGCAGUGCACUCGCGAAUGAUAUAUUUUAAAAUAUCUUUCACAUAACCGUGAGUAGAAAACAAGGUUAUUUAAAUAUAUUAAGAAACACCAUUGUAUAGUUCAAAUAUUUACGAGUUUUAUGCCUCAAAAAAGUGAUUCGAUUAAUAAUAUUUUUGAUAUUGUAUUGCAUUAUUUUUUGACUUUUGAAAUAUAACAGCUUUUUAAAUGUAAUCGUUUCUGGAAGAAAAAAGGUUAUGCAUCGUACAAUGUAAAUUUCACUUUUUUAAAACGGAAUCAAGUGUACAGAUGUAGUUGCAAAGUUGUACCCCUUGGUGUGGGUUGGUAUUAUACAGUAAUAAAAAAAAUAGUGAUCGUC